UCAUUUAAGCAUUCCCCAACCCCCUACUACCUUUACUCUCUCUCUCUCUAGAAAAGCAAAAGAGGAGAGAGAGAGAGAUUUUGAUAAACCAUUGAAGGUAUAUGUAUAUAUAUAUAUAUAUAUAAAGCAGAUCUGUGAGAAAAUUAGAGUAGAAAUUUUCCCGAGAAAGUGAAGUGAAGUGAAGAAGAUGGGUCAGAAAUCACUGAUCUACGCUUUCGUAGCCCGAGGGACGGUGGUUGUGUCUGAAUUCACGGAAUUCAGUGGAAAUUUCAAUUCCAUAGCGUUGCAGUGUCUCCAGAAGCUUCCCACCGCCAACAACAAGUUCACUUACAACUGCGAUGGCCACACCUUCAACUACCUCGUCGAUGACGGCUUCACAUAUUGUGUAGUGGCAGAUGAGUCAGUUGGAAGACAGAUUCCUAUGGCUUUUCUAGAACGUGUCAAGGAUGACUUUGUAUCAAGAUAUGGAGGUGGAAAGGCUGCGACGGCUACUGCAAAUAGCCUAAACAAGGAAUUUGGAUCAAAAUUAAAGGAGCAUAUGCAGUACUGUGUUGAUCAUCCUGAAGAGAUAAGCAAACUUUCAAAGGUGAAGGCUCAAGUCUCAGAAGUCAAAGGUGUUAUGAUGGAGAAUAUUGAGAAGGUUCUGGAUCGUGGGGAAAAGAUAGAGCUUUUGGUGGAUAAGACUGAGAACCUUCAUCAGCAGGCACAGGACUUCCGGAGCACAGGAACAAAAAUGCGGAGGAAGAUGUGGCUGCAAAACAUGAAGAUCAAGCUGAUUGUUCUUGGAAUUCUGAUAGCCUUGAUCCUCAUCAUAGUCCUUUCGGUUUGCCACGGGUUCAACUGUGGUAAGUGAUCAUCGCCUUCGUCCGAACACUACACAUUUGGAAGAAAGAUGUUUUGUGCUGGUCUACCCUGGCCUUUUGCAAUUAUAUAUAAUAUAUCUGAAAAGAAAUGUGGUUGUGAUUUGUGUAUGUAGUUUACCAAUCCAUCAAUUACACCAUUAUAUUGAACCAAAGAAAACUAAUUUUGCUGUAAAACAGCCUAUGAAAAAUAUUUUUAUUGUAUCAUGUGUUUGAAAGGGUAAAGCUCGAUUUUUAAA